AUGCACCGAGUUAGGGCACUUUCAAAGGGUAUGCUUCACAUCCUCUCACUCGGUUUGAUGUACCGAGUGAGGACACCCUCACAGGAUGUGCCUCACAUCCUCUCACUCAGUUUGGUGCAUCGAAUUAGGGCAUCUUCACGGAUAUUCGUCUCUCCCCCUCACUUGGUCCGAUGCACCAAGCGAGUUCUUCAAGGCGUUGUUGCACUUCAAAUUCUCUCCAAAUCAAAGCUUGCAAAAUGUGAAAAGCGUUCGGAAUCUGAUGGUCUCAAUUGCACCACCAAGAUUGUCCUUAACAUGGCGGUUCCUAGCGGCUCGAGUGGAGGAGAAGCCUCAAUUGUAGCAGAAAUCGUGGAGGUUGAGGAGGAGAAUUCGACUCAACAGAUGCGAACAUUGAGAAUACCACCUGUUUUGACAGUCAACAAAUCUGCUGCAUAUGCACUCUAUGAGCUUACAUAUAUACGAGAUGUUCCCUACAAACCCGAAGAGUUCUAUGUAAAAACUCGGAAAUGUGAGCCAGAUGCUGGUGCGAAUGUUGUGCAUAUGUGUGAAAGGUUGCGAGAUGAGAAUGGUCACAUUAUUGAGAAUACUCAGCCAACCUGUUGCCCUUGUGGACCACGGAGGCGAAUACCCUCCUCAUGCGGAACUGUCUUUGACAAGAUGUUGAAAGGAAAGGCAAAUACCGCACAUUGUCUCCGAUUUCCAGGUGAUUGGUUCCAUGUUUUUGGCAUUGGGCAGCGAUCAAUAGGAUUUAGUGUUCGAAUUGAGGUGAAGACUGGGUCUAAAGUGUCGGAAGUGAUUGUGGGUCCUUCAAAUAGAACGGUAAUGUCCAGCGACAAUUUUUUAAGGGUUAAUCUUAUUGGAGAUUUCGUUGGAUACACAAGCUUGCCGUUGUAUGAGGAGUUCUACCUUGUUACUCCAAGGCAGGGUGACCCUGGUCAACCCCAAGACUUAGGGCGGAACUUAUCAAUGUGGAUGCUGCUUGAGAGAACGAGAUUUACUUUAGAUGGCCUUGAAUGCGACAAAAUUGGUGUCAGUUAUGAGGCUUUCAAUAGGCAGCCAAGUUUCUGCUCUUCACCAUUUUGGACUUGCUUGCACAACCAGUUGUGGAACUAUCGGGAAGCCGAUCAGAACCGCAUUGCUAGGAAUCAGCUGCCACUAUAUGUGGUGGAAGGAAGGCAUGAAAGGAUAAACCAGCAUCCAAAUGCGGGGUCUCAUUCAUUUUCCAUUGGAGUCAGUGAAGUUCUUAAUACAAAUAUCGUGUUAGAAUUAAGUGCUGAUGAUAUAGAAUAUGUCUACCAAAGGAGUCCAGGGAAAAUAAUUACCAUUACCAUCCCAUCCUUCGAAGCCCUUACACAAUUUGGAAUUGCUACAAUUAUGACUCAGAAUACUGGUGAUGUGGAAGCAUCAUAUAGCUUAACGUUCGAUUGCUCAAGAGGAAUCACCCUUAUGGAGGAACAGUACUUCAUAAUGACGCCUAAACAAACCUUAAACAGAUCAUUCAAACUCUAUCCAACAACUGAUCAAGCAGCAAAAUAUACAUGUUCAGCUAUAUUAAAGGACUCUGAUUUCAGUGAAGUUGAUAGAGCUGAGUGCCAAUUCAGCACCAUGGCUACUGUCCUUGACAAUGGUUCACAGACUCCUUUUGAAUCUCCAAAGACCAGUAUAAAUGGAUUCUUUGAGUCCAUUGAAAGCAUUGGGAAGAAUCUUUGGGAAGGUUUGAUUGAAUUCAUCACUGGAAAAACGUGCAGAAGGAAAUGUGCUGGUUUCUUUGACUUCAGCUGCCAUAUACAGUACAUAUGCAUGAGUUGGAUAGUGAUGUUUGGUCUAAUUUUGGCAAUUUUUCCAACAGUGCUUGUGCUUCUGUGGCUUUUACAUCAAAAAGGACUCUUUGAUCCUAUUUAUGACUGGUGGGAAGACGAUUCUCGGACUAAAAAGCAGAGAAUCAGGGAUAUGAGAAGGCACAAUAUUGAUUUUGACCAUUCCCACAUCCAUGUUGAAAAACAUCACAAGCAAGAGGGUAGGCACCACAAGCAUGAUGCUCAUCAUAGGCGAAGUGGUAUUCACAUAGAUCACAAACAUGAUCAGUCUGACAGGAACAGUGACUAUUAUUAUAAUCUUCACUAUGUUCACAAAGAUAAGCAUAAACAUGGGCACGGUAAGAAAUCAAGUAUCAUGCAGCAAGUACACUUGGACAGAAGGGAGAAUGAUCAUAUUGGGCACCAUAGACGCAGGAAGGAUAGAGAAUCUUAUUAAGGGCUAUCAAAGAUAGCAUAUAUCAAGAAGAGAGGCAAGAGGACUAUAACUUGCUUAAGCAUAAGCUGCUGGAUGAUCUAGUUUAAACUAAACAGUAAGCACAGAGAAUAAUAAACUCAAAUUUCGAUUGCCUGUUAUAUUAAACUUGUGUUAGAGCAUAUAUAUAUAUUUUCAUAAUUUCAUUCUUCUUUCU